CGAGGUGGGGCGAACCAUCAGGUUCACGGCGCCAACAUCGCAGAGCGGAUUCCGUUCGGAAAACGGUAGGAUGGGCCCGGAAUGUCCUGGAGAAGUUCGUUCCCGAUUUCGAGGUGAAUUUCGCGCGGACUUUCUUUGGCCAGAAAUGAAGACUGAAACAAAUCCACGCGAAAUUCAAUCCGUUAUUCACUCGCCGUUUCGGGUGUUUGCACUGACGGAAGUCCACGCAAAAAUCCGCUGGAGCACGUCUGCAAGGUCGGUGCCGUGACAAAGGCGUCGAGGUGGGACGAACCGUCAGGUUUGCAGAGCUCUGCCGCGCGAAUGGGCCAGGUGCUGGCACUGCGCUCUCCGGCGCUGCCGGACGCGGCGCCCGUGGUCGGCCUGGCAUUGCCCGAGGACCUCCGACGCUUCCUCCUUGCCUCGCUGCCCACCGAGAAGCCAGACCUCGAGAACUCUGGCUUCGAGAGCCAUGUCGACCAUGCGCAGGUUCCUGGGCACCGCUACCUCGAGGGCUACUUCCAUGCGGUGCCGGGUGCGCACGACCGCGCAGUUGAUUCCAUCCAUUCGGGGUUGAUUCCAUCCAUCCUCGCCGAGGGCAUGAGCUCUCGCGCCGCCCAGCACCGCUUCCACUUGCUGCUUUCUGCGAGGCAUUCCGGCGGGUUAACGCACCCCUGUUCGCUGCACUGGAGCGGGAGCUCGCGGGAUCCACGACAGCGGCGCCCCUUGCUGCCGUCUUGCGCCGGCGUGCGCACUUUGACGAGCCUGUUUUCCACCACCACCACCAUAAGUUGGAGGGGG